CAGAGCUGGUGCCGACUAAUGAUCCUCACCGUCCUCCUGCAUGUAAACUGCACGGCUUACCUCCUGAGAGACAUCUUCCCCAGCAGCGUGCACUGCUGUGUUUCAGUCUCCUCUCUCGCUAUUGACUUUAAAAAAAAAUAAAAAUGUAAAGUGAACUGGAAAUGCUCAGCGAACCGCAUAGCUCCUAAUAAUGCCUCCCAGCUCGCAUUAACGAGGUAUAUAUGGCGAACGUAAACGCAACAAACAUGUCUCCCUGCUGAGAAAACCACUGGUGGGAUUCUGUUGCGUUCAAGUGUUACAGGUGUGGUGGUGAGUCCAUGGAGAAGCCAUCAUCUUCAGGCAGAGCAGCUCUGGAGGAGAGAAGAGGCCUGGUGGAGGAUGUUGGGAUGCUGAGAGGUGCUGAGGGUGGAGAGGUGGAUGCUCCGACCCCGAGGAAGAGCAGCUCCUCUCGCUCUUCCCGCAAGAGCUUCCGCUUGGACUACCGGCUGGAGGAGGAUGUAACCAAGUCCUGCCGGGACAAACAUGGCCGCUGGACCAACCCCUGGCCCACAUGGCGGUUCCCUUCCUACACCACCCUGCUCAGAUUCCUGUUAUUGGAUAAAAAUAACAGCAAUGUACCGACUAGUAAAGAGGCUCUGGACGCUGAGCUCCCAGUGAUGGAACCGUACUUCGUCCAAAGCCCAGACCUCUCUGAAUCAGGUCCAGGUCUGAGAGUCACCUGGAUGGGUCACGCUACAGUGCUGGUUGAAAUGGACGGGCUGAAUAUUCUGACAGACCCAAUGUUCAGUCAGAGGGCCUCGCCGUUCCAGUUCAUGGGGCCCAAAAGGUACAGAGGACCCCCCUGCACUGUGGAACAGCUGCCCAGGAUCGAUGCUGUUGUCAUCAGUCAUUCUCAUUAUGACCAUCUGGAUGCCGGCUCUGUGGCCAGCCUUAAUGCACGCUUUGGAGGGGAGCUACGCUGGUUCGUGCCCCUGGGUUUGAUGGACUGGCUGGUAAAGACGGGCUGUGAGAACGUGAUGGAGCUGGAUUGGUGGGCGGAGAACUGUGUCCCUGGUCAUGAUGAUGUUACCUUUGUCUGCACCCCCGCUCAACACUGGAGCAAACGCACAGCCCUGGACGACAACAAGUCUCUUUGGGGAAGCUGGUCUAUUCUGGGUCCGGAUCAUCGAUUCUUCUUUGCUGGUGAUACGGGCUACUGCACUUCCUUCCAGGAGAUUGGACGGCGCUAUGGACCAUUUGACCUCGCAGCAAUCCCCAUCGGCGCUUACCUGCCCAGGGAUAUGAUGCAGGGGCAGCAUGUAGAUCCAGAAGAGGCUGUUCGGAUUCACCAAGACCUUCAGGCCAAACAGUCCGUGGCCAUUCACUGGGGAACCUUUGCUCUUGCCUAUGAGUACUACCUGGAGCCACCACUUCGUCUCCGAGAGGCCAUGGAACAGAAAGGACUGAAGCCAGAAUCCUUUUUCACAUUACAUCACGGGGAGUCUCGCCUUAUAGCUUUACAGGAAGGAGACGUCUUUGACUGAUCCACAUGGGCGCUGUGUCUCAACCAUAAAAGGAAAACAAUGUGUGUAAUUAUUUCCUCGUAAGAAACAUUUUUAGUAGGAAGUUAAAGUCACACAUACAAUUUGUAUCUGUAAAACAGAAUAAAGCACAACAGUGUUUUGGUGUUUCCUGAGAAGUAAAAUUACCAAUCUCACAUAACUCAUAUUUAGAGACUUUUCUGCAGCUAAAUAUUUUUUCCAUGAAGUGAUAACUUGAAUUUUGGUGUGCUUAAAAUAUCAAGAGUUUUUGUGGCUUUCAGCUCUGAGGAGACCAGAGCAGAACAACCACUGAAAAGAAAAGUUCUGCAUGCUAAUCACAUAGGCUGGUUAAGAAUAAAUGAAAACUCACAUGACUGGUGCAGGUUCCAUGUUACUAUAUUGUGUGGAACUGGAGAAAGAGUGAUGCAGCUUCAUGUUCACACACAGCUGGACUUUGAAGUUCCUGUGGGCUGUAAAUUAACAGAAAACAACUAUCAGAACGUUUUUUUAAAGUGGUGCUAGCCGAUGCCACAAUACAAAAGGCAUUGUUUUUCUGAAUGUACUCUGGCCAGCGCAGACAUCUAUUGUAUGUGAGAUUUAUUCCCAACCACUGUAUUUUAAUAAAAAAAAGUGCUGCUAAAGAGCUAUACAAUGCAGACUGAAGUUGAGCUGGGUUUACCUUCAUGUCUUGAAAAUACCGUGCUUUUUUUUUCGCUCUUUGCUUUUUAGUGUGAUUUUCACUUAUUAGAACUGAAGUCAACAGAUAUGUUUGCUUCACAGAGCAAAAGUAGAAUCAUUUUAGUACUCAAUGUGAUUAUUUUGUUUUAUUCUUUAAAGCCUGAAUAAAUGAACAUUU